CCUGAAGGAAGGGACCUAAAAUCACAGCAGUCAGGGAAGGAACAGGAGCUGGAGACUCUUCAGCUUCAAUGGACGGAGGGAAAAAAUGCUUUUCAGGAAUGGAGAGAGACAGAAACUCUGCCAGCUCAACCAAGGAAUCUCUCAGCCUGUGGGGAUGGCCUGCUGAACCUGGGAAAUCUUGGGCCUGAAGCUGAGAGCAGAAGACUGGAGGCCCUUCUACUCUGGGAGCAGAAGACCACAGAGACCACGGCUAUGACUUUGCUUUCUCCCUCCAGCCCUGGGAAGCCCAGCAAGAUGAUGUGGGAGCCCAACCUGGGCAUUUCCAGAGAGACCUCUUUCUGUGCGGCCCAACUUUGUGCACCAUCUUGGGAGGACAAUGUCCACAGCAGUGUCACUAGUCCCAGGGACUCCCUAUCCUUGGAGAAGGCAACUGAUUGGCCUCUGCCAGGUGAACCCAACCAAAAGGCCAUCAGCCACUUUCAUGGGGAUGCUGCAGAGGAGCGGCUGGUUGCAGAAGGUGUGGAUGGGCAGCUUCAACUCCCCCCGCACCCGCCCAGCCGGGAAAAGGCCUUCAUUUGGCUCUCCCCGCAAGAGAAGAAGGAAGCCCUGCAGCGGCUGGCAGAAACGCAGGCCGAGGGAGCGCGCCGGCGCCAGUGCGAUAAGGAGCGUCAGAUCCUGCGGUUCCAGGAGCGACUGUCCAUAGCCAAGCGUCGGAGGUCCAAGGCGGAUCUUCUGGGAGACAACUCAGCAGACCGAUGGCCCCAGGCGUCAGCAGCCUCUGAAGGCCAGGUAUGGACCUUCCGGUGGGAUCAAGUUAUUAAGGAUGAAGCUGGACAGAAAAUGGCCGUGAAGUGCCAUCUGGAGAAGGUCAAGAGAGAACGGACCUACGUCAUGCAGUCCAAGAGGGAGAGGAACACCCUGAAGUUCAAGGAGCUGCUGGACCCGCUGGUGGCCCCACGGGAGGAGAGCCCUGUGCCGAGGCAGACCGAGGAGCUUCAGCCGAGGGGAGACCUCUAGCCUGCAGGUUCCCCUGGAGAGUGAGG